AUGCUUCCUCGCCGCCACGGAAGCUACGUGCUGCGGGCGUACGACGAGGCAUGUGAUGACGGGCCAUGCCGGCGGCUGGAGGAGCGGGCGACGCAGGGCUCGGCCGCCGUCCGCGUCGCCUUUGUCCACGCUUCGCACUUUGCGGCCAAGGCCCGCCAGUUUGAGGACGCCGUCAUCGUGGUCGCUGCGCCAGAUAACGGCGGGGAUGCCGUCGGCGUUGUCUCGGCCGCCAUCAAGCGCGUAUAUCUCUCCGGCACACCUGUCCUGGCUGGUUACGUCUUUGAUCUCCGCGUCGAGCCCGCCCACACCCGCCGCGGCCUGGCCACCGCACUCAUGGACGCCAUCGAAGAUGGUCUGGCCGCCCGCGGCAUCGACGUCGUCUAUCUUACCGUCAAUUCCAACAACCACGCCGCUCGUGCCCUCUACGCCCGUCGCAGCUACUCGAUCCUCUCGCAGCGCGCGCUGAGUGUGCUCCUGCUUCUGCCGGAGUCGAUCCGCGCCCCGCGCCCGCCGCCGAGCCUCGUCGUCGUUGACGGCCGCGGCUUCCGCAAGGUGUACGACGCCUACUACGGCGCCGAGGUUGGUGCCGACUUUGCGCUAGUCGAUCCCGAGCCCCUCCUGAACUCGCCGUACUUUCUCGAGGGGUACACCCUCACUGAUGAGACCAGCGACUCGUUUGCGGCGCUUGCGCUGUUCAACGGCAACGGGCUCACCUCGCUCUCCAUCGAGCGUCUGCUGCUGCCGAUGUGGCUGUGGCGCCACAACGCGAUGCAAAUCCUCCUCGCCCUUCUCCACCUUUGGAUUGUGGCUAGUGCUAUCAACUGGUUCUGGGCGAGCGGGAGUCUGUGGCGGCUGGUCGGCGCCGCCGCUAUCCUAGCCGACGCUGCCGCUCUCUAUGCCGGCUACUUUGUCCUCUCGCGUCUACAGGCCGGUCACUGGCGGGCGCGGUUCAUUGCGCCUGUGGCAUCUGGCCCGCGUGGGCAAGAGCUGUUAGCCGCGCUGGUCAAGGUCGGCCGUGUCCGUGCCCACGCCCGCGGAUUCGCCCUUGUCAUCUGCAACAUGACGCCCGACGACGUGCUGCACGCUGUGCAUGGCCCGCAACGCGUUCUUUGACCCUCGCGAGAUUUAGUGUGCGCCAAGACGAGCUACGGCUCGGGAAGAACCGGGAGCCUGCGGAGAAGCAGCGAUGUGGCCGGCUCGGGGGUCGAGUACGCGGC